AUGGUUAACAUAACUGCACCCCUUCGUAUAGGCUACGUGCUGUUCCCGGCCUUCACAUCGAUAGACGUCUUCGGGCCUCUGGGUGUGCUGAAUCUAGUCUCCAUGAAUUAUAACAUGACGCUGUCGCUGCUGUCGACAGACCUGGAGCCGGUUAGUGUGGACCGUACCAUCAUAGCCGGCGUGGGUAGUGGCAUGGGCGCUGUGUCGGCAUCACCCAACUUUACCGAGUUCGUCCUCCCGACGCACACUUUUGACAACCCGCCGGAUCUCGACGUACUCUUCGUGCCGGGAGGCUUCGGUACCCGCAACAUUAAUGGUACGCAACCCCACGUAGACUGGAUCCGCCGCCGCGUCGAACAGGAGCCUAAGCUCGACUACUUGAUGAGCGUGUGCACUGGGGCUUCGCUUUUGGCGCGUACCGGCAAGCUCGAGGGAAAGAACGCCACUACGAACAAGGCUGCCUUUAACUGGGUCAAGUCAGUCGAACACGCCGACAAGGUGAACUGGAUCGCCAAGGCCCGGUGGGUCGUCGAUGGGGAUACCUGGACCAGCUCGGGAGUCAGCGCCGGCACGGAUAUGACUCUAAAUUGGGUUGAGCAUCUAUACGGGAGGAACGAAAGCGAGAGGGUUCGAAACCUGAUGGAAUGGAACCCGAUGAACCAGACCGAUGAUCCAUUUGCCGAAUACUACGGACUGGUGUAA